AUGUCCGGGGCCACUGUGGCCAUGGAUGUGAAGUGGAUGGACACGGCCCCGAACUCCUUCGAUGACCAGUACCUGGGCUGUGGCCCUGCCAUGACCGCGGCGUUGCCGGCCCUCAACCUUUCCGAGUUCAAGGAGAAUCUUGUGUUUGCCGAGGCCUGGCGUGAGGCCGUGGAGGACUGGAAAGACCAGGGGUCCCACGUGCCCAGUCUGUUGUCCCUAGACCAGGCCAUCGCUCUCAGGGCCUACACCAUGGAGGGGAUGCGCUUGUACCAGCAGUUCAACGUGGCCGUGCGUGAGGCUGGAAGUAGCAGCUGGAAAUACCGGAAUGAAUUUCACUUCAAAUCGCUGCAUUUCCUGCUGACCCAGGCCCUCCAGAAGCUGAGACGACCGAACCAGUGUUAUGAUGUGUUCCGGUGGGUGAACAACACCCAGUUCAAGGCGAAUAAAAAUGACAAAGUCCGCUUUGGUCAGUUUGCGUCAUCGUCAAUGGAUAUAAAGGUAGCGUGGGAAUUUGGGCAUGGCACUAUAUUCAAGGUGAACACGUGCCACGGCGUGGACAUCCAGGGAUUCACCAGCUUUCCAGAGGAGGAGGAGGUGCUGAUCCCACCCUUUGAGACAUUCAAGGUCACUGAUGUGCGCAAGAUAGGGAACACAAUGGUCAUUGAGCUUCAAUCCACCGGGAACACCAGCAACUACAACUGCGAGUGGCUGAAAGGUGGGAGCCUCCCCAGGAACUGCCCCCACCUCGGGGUGCUUCUCCUGGCCACCGUGGCCAUGGCAGUGGUCACCGGAACCCUCUGAGCCACGAGGACACCAAGGUCACUGUGGCCUUGAAGGCCACUGUGGCCACCAUGCCCACAAAUGCCACCAGGACCUGCAGAGAAAUGAAGACACCAAGGUCACCAAG